CCCCCUUGAUCGAUUGAACCUCCCGGAGCAUCCUGGCCUGCGAAGGGUGACCCCAUCCCGAGACCGCAAGAAGCUCUUUCCCGGUAUUCGGAGAGGGGUGAGGGUCCGCUUCCAUUUGGUCGCGUCGCUCGGCCACCCUCACUCAGGGAGAGGGCCUACCUGAAAGAGAGAGACCCCCCGGCCCUUCCUUACUAUUCUCCCUCCGUCGAAGCCCACGGUUGGGAUCGCACCACCUUGGACCCCAAGUGCAGCCUGCCGAGCGCGUGGUGCCGACCGGAAAAUGGGGAUAAGAGCAUAAACCGUGGCUCGCUUAAGAAUGGAGUAUUUGAUGGGAGACAGCCAGAAUGACAACUUUGGAUACUCAGAUCUUCUGUCUACAGAGCAGGUACAGCAGUGACAGCAGAGGUUGAAAGGUUGCUUUCCUGUUGAAACCCUAGAUUAGCCUGCACUUCCACAAGGCUCUGGGUCUAUACUCUGAGACCAGGAGAGACUUAAAAUUCUGAAAUGAAGAUGGAGGCAGCAGACAGAACAGAAGAACUCAUUGACCCAGAAGUCCCACCAAAGCUGUCAGAAAAACAGGAGCCAGCUCUGGGUGAAGAGGGAUCUAUAGAACUGGAUAUGCCUGCUCAAAAAGAGAACAGAGCUCUUGGGGAGGAUUCAGCAGUGCUUGCUUCAAUGCCGUGCUUGCUGAUGGAACUGAGACGGGACUCCUCAGAAUCUCAGCUAGCAUCAACAGAAAGUGAUAAGCCAACAGCCGGCCGUGUUUAUGAGAGUGACUCUUCCAACCAUUGCAUGCUGUCCCCUUCUUCCAGUGGCCAUUUGGCUGAUUCAGACACGCUGUCUUCUGCAGAAGAGAAUGCUCCUGGCCAAGCUGAAACCACUGCAGAGGGAGACCCUUCCACAGUAUCAGGGUCUACCGUUGGGAGGAAAUCCAGGCGGUCCAGGUCAGAAAGCGAAACCUCGACAAUGGCUGCAAAGAAAAACCGGCAAUCUAGUGAUAAGCAGAAUGGCCGUGUUGCCAAGGUUAAAGGUCAUCGGAGUCAAAAGCACAAAGAGAGAAUUCGGUUACUGAGGCAGAAACGGGAGGCUGCUGCCCGCAAGAAAUAUAACCUGCUGCAGGACAGCAGUACCAGUGAUAGUGACCUAACCUGUGACUCAAGCACGAGUUCAUCGGAUGAUGAUGAUGAAGUUUCAGGGAGCAGCAAGACAAUCACUGCAGAGAUACCAGCUUUUCUUUCCUUCCCAGAUGGACCUCCAGUUGUGCCCCAUUAUGAUAUCUCAGACACAAACUCUGACCCAGAAGUGGUGAAUGUGGACAAUCUUUUGGCAGCUGCAGCAGUUCAAGAGCACAACAGUUCUGUCAUUAGCCAGGACACUGAGCCUACUUGGAGGACGAGCGGGCUGCUAGAAGAGCUGAAUGUUGAGACAAAUCACUUGGAUGCUGAAUUCCUGGCAAGCGACAAACUCCCCACCAGCCACGCCCAGGUUAACAAAGAAAUUAACGUUGCUUCGUCUGAUAGCGAAGUGGAGAUUGUGGGGGUUCAGGAGCAUGCAAGGAAUGAAGUGUCUCAAGCAGCAGGGGGACAAAGAAUUCCAGUCAUAGGGAGAAGUGAGAUGAAGGCAGAGAAAACCAAUGAGCUGCCAAAAGGGAAGGCGAGCAACAAAAGUGAAGAACUCUAUGAACACAGAUAUGUCCAUCCUCGUGGAGGAGUGAUUCAGAGUGUGUCUUCGCGGAAACAUGGCUCAGGUCUGCAGUGCACCCGGCAAUCAGAAGCAUGGACAGGCGUGGCCCCUCCACAGAAUUGGUCUUCGCCACCCGAAGUGGUAGAUCUCACGCUUGAUGAGGACAGCAGACGGAAAUACUUACUGUAAUGCAAUUUCACUGUGUUUUUAGUUAUUUAGUCCUUUCCCUUUUGUGGCACAGAAGUUUCUGGAUAUUGCCUUGGUGUCCAAAGCAUCUGCUCCUGGUGUUCUGGAAGUCAGACUCCUUUGGGAGAGUUUCCUCCUCUGCCUCUGCCCCCUCUCACCAUUAGAAUUGCAAUGUCAUAUCCGAAGUUUCCGAAGGGAGCUUUCCUUUUGUGGAAAACAUAGCACACUGAACUUCAGAGACAGCUUCCAAGUUUUUAACUGUGUGUAUUUCAAUUAGAGCGUUUGUUGAUGGGAGCCAUGAUACCUUCUCAGUCACACCCUGUAGAGAGAGCUAUACAGUUGCUUAAAUUCACCACUAAAGCAGAUGUUGCUGGUACCUUUGGGGCUUUAUUUCCUUUCUCUCUUGCAGUGUAAGCAUUAAAAACACUGCUGGCCUGGCAGGCUCCUGGUUCUGAGUAUCCUCAUUGUGAUUGUAGCUUAAUUGGGGGAGCUGACAAGCAUUGAGUCAGGACCAGGGGCCUCCAGGUGGCAAAUGGAUUUGGUUACAGAAGGACCAAGGCUCGUUCACAAAAGGCCAACAAUGUACACUGAGCAGCUUCAUUUAAAAUUCAGAAGAUAAUUUUCAGCUGCACUUGGGUCUCCCCCAGGGCUCAGAUCUGAGUUUUAGAAUAAUGCCUUUUAUCAUUAUUUUUUUCCUGUACUACUGUAUUCCUACUGGUCAUUUGGCUUGGCUUGUUACAUCCUUUUUCUUUUGAAAAGAACAAGCACAAGGAACAAAGGCAUCAGUACCUCAUUUCUGAUCUCAGGUGUGCUUUUCAUAGACAGCUUGAAAAGUCAGGGUUGUAGCCAUAAUCCCAUAACUGUGGGGUUGUAGAUACAUGAAUGUAGAAUGUGAGAACUAGAGGAGCUUGAACUGCCUUCACACAAAAGGUUGAAACAAGCCAUUAAAAAGUCACUUGCUUCCCUUUCUGUUCUUGCUGAGAAACAUUAGUGGGAUUUGGAGAUGCUAAGCACAAACUCUUCUUCCAAGAAUUUUUCUCUUCCAUGACCAGAGGGGGCUCAGCUCCGUUCCUUCUCAGGGUAGCUGACUGUAAAUUGAAGCUAAGGAGAAGAAGAGGGGAGACACACAGCCCUGCAUGCAUAGCACAUCUGAAUAAAAUUAAGGUAUGCCGUGCUACGGCACCAAUGCAGGAACGUCCAGCACUAUUUUGCCUAUAUGAAUCUGAAUGUUUUCUCAAUGGUUUUGCUGGAUGUGUCAGUUACGCAAAUAGAUAACCAGAGGAAGGAAGGGGUGUUCACUUCUACACCCCUUCAGAAAUGGCAUGCAGCUUACUUGUACAUUUGCUUUUAAAGUAUAACAUGAGAAAUGCCACUUUAAUUUUACUCAAGUCCCUUCAACUCUUGGAUCUUCUUUUGAGUUCUUAUUUAAACUGUACUGGAUUUCACCACCAAUUAAGAAUGAUGCAACUUGCUUUUAGAAACUCUUCUGGGCCUGAUGCUCAGUUGUCUUCUGCAGGAUUUAAUCUUUGCUGCAUGAUGAUAUCAUCCUCAUUCCAUCAGGGGGAUAAUACAGGCAUUUAUUCUGUGCCUAAGUGCUGGUGUCAUUGGACAAGCUGGCCUCACAUGCUUGCAGGUGUCAGGAAACAUCUCAGUAACACACAAAUAUAACAUCCUUGACCCCUGAAACUUCUUGAAUCUCCUGAUAGCUUGCAUGCAUGACCAAGAGGUUCGUGGAGUGAUUUCAAUUAUUUGAAGUGUCCUCAGAAACUGGCCUUUUCUUGGGGAGAGCAAGUGAUGGUCACUGGACCAAACCUCUGCAUAUACUGAGAAUAGUAGCAUAAAAGAGAGCUUCCUCUCUUCCCUGCAUCCACCCCGCUAGAAUGGUGAGGCUCACAAGUUAGGAAGAACUCCCCUGCAAGCUUAGCUGGUAAAGAAUUGUAAGAGGAGCUACAUUCGCUCAGGUGAAAAAAAGAUCCUAGAACAUCUUGUCUUCUGCUGCUUGCAAAAGUAUGAGCUAAAACAUGCACCCCCAGGUAGAUCCAGGCCAUUGAAUGUAAAUUUGCACAAGUCUAUUCAGUUAAAAAUUCCGUUACUUGUGUUAGGUUCAGCUGAGCAAAAUGGAUGGGUGAAAGCUGCUGGAUGUAGAAAUUCAGAGAGGUUCAUUCAUCCUUAAAAGGGCAAAUGAAUAACCAACCCCUUACAGAACUGUAAGUUUUAUCUGUCCACAUUUAACACAAAGUGGAUUUGGACCUGACUGACAGCUACAGGUGGCUAAGAACCUCUAGCUGUGGAAAAAACAGGUUGCAAUCUUCCUGGUUGCCUAUACAGUCAUUGUAUGGAGGCCCUUAGAAUUGCUGGGUUCUGAUCUUGAGGUGGCACCUUUUGCUUCAACAACCCUGAUGUGGUGAGGCCUUGUAUCAGAUUGUAAGUGGAAGAAUUGUUCCUCUGAAUGCACUGCUGUGCUAACAAUCCCCCAGCACACAUACAGUCAGAAAACCAUGCUUCUUGUGGAAAAAAACCCACCCUACACUGGAACCCCCUAGUUGAUUUCAGGAUGUAAUAAGACCUAUAAAGUAAAUAGUUUGGGAAGAAUUGCAAUACUGCAUCUCUUGACUUAGGGAAGAGUAUCUCUUUAAUCAGGCAUUGACACCUUGUGAAACUUGAGUCUUAUUUCCUACAACAAGUAGGGCAGAAGGGUAUUUAUGCCCACCAGUCAGAAGAGACACUGGCCUUCACCAGGGAUGCAGCAUGCAGCUCUCCAGAUAUUGCUCAAGUGCAGUUCUCAUAAUCCCACACUAAUGGCACAACAUCUGAAAGACUACUUGUUGCUCAUGCUUAUCCUUCAUCUUGUGGUUCUUAAGGCAACCAGCAGUGUGUGCAGAUCAGGUGCUUCCAAGCCAAAGAGCCAUCUUUUCUUUUUCUCUCAAAUGCUGGUUCCACAUCUUAUCAGAAAACAAUCCAGAAAACAAAACAAUCCAUGUUUCCACAUGGAAACAUCAGACUGAGGAUGUUUCUCACUCCCUAGCUAGGGUGGUAUCCCAUAAGACUGUGGGGCAUGUGUGAGGUAGCAUGGCUCUAAUGAGGACAUAACAGAGCAUUUGGUUCUUCCCCACUUGACUGUCACCAUGGCUGAAAAGAAGGUCGCCCCAGAGAAGGGAGAUCUACCGUACUGCAGUUCGGUCUACCUGCACGCUUUCAGCUUUCUCACUCAAACGGUAAUAGCAUGAAACUGCAUAAUGGGGGAAGCAGAUCUGAUGGAGGUGCCUGUGAAGAUGGGACAAGUGGAAUUUAACCUAGAGCAGCUGCUUUGUGCUACUUUUAAUUGAGUUUCUUUUCAAAACAGAAAAGACGGGGUGGUUUGGUUUGGUUUGGUUUGGUUUGGUUUGGUUUGGUAAGGAAAACUGAUCUACUGAUCGAAUAAAUCCAGUAUUUAGUCUCUUCAUGUUGGCCAGUACCAGAAGCAUCAGAGGAGCAUACUGGUGGAUUGUCCUUUAAAAUGAAGAGGAAGAAAAGCUAUUUUUUAGUUUGUAUUUGCUGUGACUUCCAUGUAUAUAUAAAAAUUUGACUGCAUUCUAACCAAACUUCUUCCAAUUGCGCACUGUGUUUGUUCUAAAGGAAUCAUGAGGUUUUUAGCUUGGUAACCAGUUUUUCCUCUCUUUUUUUAAUUAAAAACACUACAUUUUUUCUCACUUGAAGAAUUUUAAAAAGUAAUCUUUUUAAAAAGAAAGAGCAGGAAGAAAAAAAAAUACAAUCACUGGAUAGCUAAAGAAUUAGGAGUUUGAUUUUUAUUUUUGCUAUUUUUAUUUUAUUUUAUUUUGGCAGAACAACCUGUUUUGAUUUGCCUUUUGCUCUAUUGAAAAGUGAGAUUGUAGCCAUUGUAUGGUUAAGAAUCAAUGCACUUGAUAAUUUUAGCACAGCAUGCCCACUUUGGGUUUGCUGUCAUCUGAACCUUCAGUAAAGUUGGCAUUUGGGCUGCAAAAACUGAUUUCACUAUAAGCAUUUGGCAUGCUGCAGCACCAGGCUGUCGGGCUUCUAAUUUUCUUGGCAGGCCUGGUUUUAACAGCACAUCUUCCAUAAGGAAGAUGGGGGGGAAAAGCUAGAAUUUGUUUUCAAUUGUGUAACUGCUGAGUUUAAAAAGUCAAAAACACACAUGAAAAGUUCUUUUUAACACACAUUCUUCUCUCCAUGUAGUAUUUAAUGGUCUUUGGAGAAAAAAAAUAGAGUGAUAUUGAAUAUAUAUAUAUGUGAAUAUAUGUGUAUAUGUAUAUAUAUGCAUA